ACAAAUUAAGUCGCCAAAACAUACAAAAUGGAAUCAUCGUCACUGACGGAACGGGAAGAAUCUCCGGCGGAGAAGAAAGAAAUGUUACAUAAAACGAAAUUAAUUCAAUUCUUGGGAAGAAACGCUCCGAUUAUUCUUCAAAAUGACAAUGGACCUUGCCCUCUUCUUGCUAUAUGUAAUGUCCUCUUGCUGAGAAAUAAUUUGAAUCUAAAUUCCGACGUGGGUGAAGUAUCGCAGGAGAAGUUGCUAUCGCUCGUGGCAGAGCGGCUGAUUGAUUCAAACACCAAUGUUGAUAGCAAAGAUGCAGGUUAUGUUCAAAAUCAACAACAAAAUAUUGCCGAUGCCAUUGAUUUACUUCCUCGACUUACUACCGGCAUUGAUGUGAACUUAAAAUUCACUAGAAUCGAUGAUUUUGAGUUCACUAGAGAGUGUGCGAUAUUUGAUUUAUUGGACAUACCACUUUACCAUGGCUGGAUUGUAGAUCCCCAGGAUUUUGAUGCUUCUAGUGCGAUUGGGUUAAAGUCCUACAAUACAUUAAUGGGGGAACUUGUUGACCUUGAUACACGGAAUCCUGUAAGUAACUUGAUGAGCUCAGAAGAAGAUUUUGUGGAUUUUGUUGCUGCAACAACGGCAAGUUUAGGCGUCCCUUCACCGUCUCUUUCUAGAGGUAAAUCUUUUGAUGAUGCUUCACGUUCUGUCAGUGAAGAUAAAAGAGAAAGAAAAGGAGAUCUCGAAGAGGAAGAAGAGCUGUUGAGGGCCUUGGAGCUAUCUGAGACAGAAAAAGAUACAAAUGUUGUUAGAACAGCUGAUACCGCUUCUCAGAAUUUAAGUGAACCUGUGAUUACGAAGGGAGAAAAUACUGGUGCUGAAAAUGAUGAUGGAAAUGCAAUUAAAAGAGACAUUGAUGAUUUGAUAACUUUUGAAAAAUCAUCGGUUCAAGAUGCUUCUUCUUCACUAGAUAAAGUUCAUGACCAAAUAGAGGCACAAUCUGAAAAGCAUGAAUUUAAAGAUGAAAUUGAGAAACCUAGCAGCGAAGUGUUAGUCCAACCAGUAAAAGCAUCAGGAGGUUUGGAUGAAUCCGAUAUCCCACCUCUUGUGAAUACCAGUGUAUGUAAUUCUGGUGAUGAAAAGAUACAGGAUCAGUCAGCUAUGCAAAAGGAUCUAAACUUAGCAUCACCUACGGAGAUAGCACAGCCAGUUGAUGAGCCCAAGUGCUUAACCUCAACUAUUGAUGACAGUGAACCCAUUUAUGAAGGUGAGGAACACAUAAAAGAGACAAGCACCACAAAUAAUGAAAACCAAGAGCCUGUGUAUGAAGGUGAGGUAGUUCUAGCAGAGCAAGUGGACAAGGUUAGUAGUAGUGUAGAUGAGACACAGACAAAAGAUGGAAUUACGCCACGGCAAGGUGUUUGUUCUUAUAAAGGGGAACUAAUCAGGAGUUUUCUGAAGAAUAGCGCAAGUCAGUUGACUAUAUAUGGCUUAUUUUCCUUGCAAGAAGGCAUAAAAGAACGCGAACUUUGUGUCUUUUUCCGGAAUAACCACUUCAACACGAUGUUCAAGUUUGAGGGUGAGCUGUACAUUUUAGCAACAGAUCAAGGCUAUAUUAAUCAACCUGAUUUGGUAUGGGAAAAGCUUAAUGAGGUGAAUGGAGAUACUGUAUAUAUGACUGGUAGUUUUAAGGAAUUCAAUGCCGACAACACCCCUGAAACUCCCUCGUGGGAUGAGCAGAAUGCAUUGGCUAAUACUGCGGAAUAUCUAUCCAGCAUCGACAAUGCAUCACAAGUGAACACCGGAUUUAACUCCGAUCUGCAAUUGGCUAUAGCCCUUCAGCAACAAGAAUUUGAGCAACAGCAACAGCAGCAGCCAUCACAGCAACAACACAAUUUACCACAGCCAAGUACCAGUGGGGAUCAGGGGAUUGUUACAGGUCCACAGCAUGUUCAGCCAUCAAGGCCCAGGAACUCAUCGAAGCAAGAAUCAAAGUCAUCAAAGGACAAAUGCAUUGUGAUGUGAAUAUCUUGCUAUGCAAAGUCUUGGAGAGGUUUGUUUUGUAAAUAUUUGCUUCGGUCUUUUCAACUUGGUUUAACACCCAAAUGUGGAAAGAUCAACUGAUCUUUGCAUGUUUCCAGAUCCAGUUAUUUUCUUCUUUCUUUUUUACUGUAAAUGUAGUACUUACCAUCAGUCAUAUAGCAUUUUUCGUUUAAUAACCAGUCGUUCAUGUAAAUAGCUGAACAUAAGUCACUCUUUACAUAUCCAAGAUUUCAUGAAUGAUGGAAAUGAUGGUUCAGUUUCCAUGGUAAUAGUUAGUAACUUCUUCUGUUUGAUGCAA